CAGCGGACGGACGUCGUUUCGACUUUUGUAUUCCGUCAUGCAAUAAUUUUUCAUUCAUGAAUACCUUGUUAAAAAGUGUUUUAGAUGGUGUCUCCGUCGUGAACACUAGUUAGAUUUUAGAUAAAAAUGAUAUUUUAGUGUAUGAUUUUCCCUAGUUCAAGUUAUAGUUCUUCAUAAGUCUGUGACAAGUACGGUAAUGGUGGCCAUGUCAUGAAAAUCCCCACAGCCAUGGAUGAUAGCUCCGUAUCUCACCAUAACGGAGGGCAAGUGGGAUCUCAGAUAGGAGUUAGUGUAAAUAACAAACAAAAUGAAGAAUCUAGUCAAAGUGUCCAGUAUUCAAUACCGGGCGUUUUGCAUUUUAUUCAACAUGAAUGGGCGAGAUUCGAACUCGAGAGAUCACAAUGGGAGGUGGACAGAGCCGAAUUCGAGGCAAGGAUUGCCUUUCUUCAAGGAGAGAAAAAGGGUCAAGAGAAUCUAAAAAACGAUCUUGUAAGGCGGAUUAAAAUGCUUGAGUAUGCAUUAAAACAAGAACGGGCGAAGUUUCAUAAGCUUAAGUAUGGAGUAGAACUCCAACAGGGUGAUAUGCGCCCACCUCCGGAGGAAACCUCACAAGAAACUGAACCGGCUGAACGGGCCCAAUGGAAGCAAGGGCGCCAAUUAAUUAAACAGUAUCUGCAGGAAAUAGGUUAUACAGAUACAAUUCUUGAUGUACGUUCAAACAAAGUAAGGACUUUACUGGGCUUAAACAAUGAGGAACAGGGAGAAGAAACUAGCUAUAGAAACUGCGAAAAGCAACAGCACUAUUCAAUGAAUACUGCUUUGAGUCGCAAGAUGUAUGAUUAUGGUGGAAAAGAUCAACGUAAAAGUGGAGUAUCACAAGGUAGUGGUUAUAGUGAUGAAGGACUUUCAGUACAAGAGACAGCAGCGGUGUUUGCUAAUUUUGAAUUCCUUGCAAAUCAAGAAAUGGACAUGGAUGAGAUUGAUGAUUUAGAGGCAAAGCAAAUGCAUCAUACUGCAGUUAAACAAGGCGAGGAGGUCGACCACGAAGCUGAGGAAGUGUUAAAUGAGUUUAAUCUACUAACAGCGAGUGAGGCUGAUGGAGGGGGCCAAGGGGAUGAAUAUGCCGUUGGAGUAAAAUAUCCCGCUGGUACGGCAGUCGGGGCAGGUGAGGCAGAUGAAAAACCUCUCGCUCUUGGUGAAUUAGCACAAUUCACUGUCAGUAACGAAUCCGAGGGAUACGACGUGGCCAACGCUAGUAAGGAAUCCUUCAGGAAGACGUGGAACGCAAAGUAUACUCUACGCUCUCACUUUGAUGGCGUGCGAGCGCUCGCCUUCCAUCCGACCGAGGCGGCGCUGGUAACCGCCUCCGAGGACCACACCCUCAAGCUGUGGAACCUGCAACGCACCGUCCCCGCGAAGAAGUCCGCCGGACUCGACGUGGAGCCGCUGUACACGUUCCGCGCCCACACCGCGCCCGUACUCUGCCUCGCGAUGGGCGCGCCGCGCUCCGAGGAGUGCUUCUCUGGCGGUCUGGACGGUACCAUCCGCGUGUGGAACUUACCGCCCCCUAUUGCUGAUCCUUACGAUCCGUACGAUCCCUCUGUGCAGGGGCCGGUGCUGCGCGAGCACACGGACGCGGUGUGGUCGCUGGCGAGCGCGCAGGGCCGCCUGCUGUCGGCGUCGGCGGACGGCACGGCGCGCCUGUGGGCGCCGCGCGCGCCGCGCCCGCUGCUGGCCACGCUGCGGGACGACGCCGGCGCCGCGCCCGCCGCCGCGCCCGCCGCCGCCGACUUCGCGGACGCCGCCUCGCGCGCCGCCGUCGUCUACCGCGACGGGAACCUGCUGCUGUUCGACCUGGAGACCGGCCAGAGCGUGCUGCGCGUGGCGUGCGACAGCCCCGCCAACCGCGUGCGCUCGCACCCCACGCUGCCGCUGCUGGUGACGGCGCACGAGGACCGCCACAUCCGCUUCUGGGACGCGGGCUCGGGCCGCUGCGCGCACGCCAUGGUGGCGCACCUGGACGCCGUCACCGGCCUGGCGCUCGACCCCAACGGCCUCUUCCUGCUGUCCGGCUCGCACGACUGCUCCGUGCGCCUGUGGAACCUCGACACCAAGACCUGCGUGCAGGAGAUCACGGCGCACCGCAAGAAGUUCGACGAGAGCAUCCUCGACGUCGCCUUCCACCCGCUGCGGCCCUACAUCGCGAGCGCCGGCGCCGACGGCCUGGCCAAGGUCUUCGUCUGAGCGCCCCCGUAUGAUAUCGUAUUAUAUGUAAUUUUACUUUUACGAACUCUUAACGCAGUAGCGAGCGUCAUCCCUCGUAGGGCGACCGCGACUCUCGGAUUACGUCUAGUCCCUUCGGUUCGGUCGCGAGCUCCGCUCCGCCGGCCUCGCCGGUUCGUUUUAACGUAUUUAAUAUUGUAACGUUGCGGACGCGCCCUCGGCUCUCGUCGUGAGCGCGUAGUGAACACUCAUCUAUGUAUAGACAUUUGAAAUCUAUUAUAAUAUAUUUUUAGAUUUUCAGUAUGUGAAUUUUAGGUUUUUAUCGCAAUUUUUUCACCAAUUUUACGAUAUGCAGUGAGAAUAUUGUUCGUUUCUAUUCGACUGUAAGGACCUUUAUAAUAAAUAUCAUGAGGAUAUCGACGAUGUUUCCUUGAUGCGUUCGAGUUAUGUGUCUGUACAGUUAGAUUUUAUGCAGUAUUUGCUAAUAUUUGCAGAGAACGACUGAAGAGGUUUGUUUAGCUGAUACUUUUUUAAUUUAACUCGAUUGGAUCUAUAUAGUACUCUUGAUUGGUCUCUUGUAUUGAAUAAAUUUGCUCUUACGAUAUCUUAUACAAUGAUGAGCGAGCGAACAAAAAUAUGAAUGAGUAGAAGUACUAUAUCGGAAGUAACAUAAGUAAUGUUUGUUCAUAAUGAAUACUGCGAUGUAGAAUAUAUAAUAUAAAAACAUUACAUACAUACUCCUUUAUUUUCCUCGAAUUCAUACUUGUACACAUACAUCCAAAAUUGAUAGUAAAAAGCAACAUAACCGAAAA